AUGGCCCGCUCACGCGGCGGAUGCCUGAAUUGUAAAGCCCGGAAGCGAAAAUGCGACCAAGGCCGUCCAGAGUGCCAGGCUUGCUCCCAAAGAGGCAUGAGAUGCCAGGGCUACUCUACGCCGUUGAGAUGGGUCAACGGUGUUGCUUCUAGAGGCCGUUUUGCCGGCGCCUCCAUCCCCGACGCGUCAUUCGUUCCGCCUUCCACGCUACCUUAUCCUCAGCAGCAGCAGCAGCAGCAGCAGCAGCUACCCCAGUAUGCUCCCAGUACUGCUGAUAGCAAUCCAGACAUGUCGAUGGACUCGGAGAAUUCCCUCUCGACCGUAUCGAAUCACAACCCCUCCAGCACGGAGUCGUCGUCGGCGUUUUCGCCCAGAAGCGCGACUGGCGUGCCAGAUCCAUCAGAUCGGAUAUUCAAGAGAUGUCAUUACUCCUUCUCCUCAUUUUAUAAUACCGACCUCGUUAUGCGCAAUGGGCUCAAUUUCUUGUACACGACGGAAGCGAGUUCCUGGAUCAAGCCCUUCUUUGAGGAGAUGGCCCUCCAAAGUCCGGCCCUCGUCAUGAUCGCUGGCGCCAUACAGGGCUACAUGGAUGAUGGCAUGUCGGUAAAGUCGAUGGAGUAUGUCGACUUGGCUCUGCAAACGUUUCGUCAGGAGCUUACCACCCGUUACGAAAAGUUCCACGUCGCGACCUUGCUUCAGGCAAAGGAAUGGACCAUGUACCUCGAGCUCAUGGUCAACGUCUACGACUUGCGAAACAAGUUGAAAACCCCAGGUCAAAUCCCCAUUGACAAUCUGUAUCAUCAACACAUCCUUGAAGUCCUGGGUGUCAUGGACAUGCCCUCCAUGGUCAUCGGCAGAGCCGGUCCACCCAUUGGUGUCUGGAAGCUCCUCCGCCGUCUCCAAGAGGAUACACAAGACGGUCGGGCCGAUGGCAUCGAAGUCGUGUCAGGUGUCCCACGAUCAUUACUAGACAUAUUUGCAGGAAUCGUCGAUCACGAUCCAGAGUACACCGAAAGUCGCUUCUGGUCAUGGCCCGGUGACAUUGGUGAAUCUCUACAAAUCCACUACUGGGAUUCCUGGAAGUUAGCAGGUAUCCUCGAAAUGCUCUCCUGA